UCCUAAUAAAUAAUAAAAUCAAAUUCAAUAUAUAUCACAUUAUUUGUUUCCUUAAUUUAAUUAUUUCUUUCCAUUAAACAAAGAUAAUUAGAAGGAGAGAAUAGUGAUUAGAGAGAGGAUCAAGUCAAAAGAGAGGGGCCAAUUUCCUUAAAUUUUCUCAAUUCCCAAUUAUUUUUAUUUUAAUAUUUUAAUCCUCUCUCUUUUUUCUCUCUCCUCUUCCUCUCACUUUCCUUCCUCCUUUUUGUCAAAUUCCUGUUCCACCUCCAUAAAAAAUACUCGGUGAAAUUUCCAGAAAAAAUUUUAGAAACAAAAACAAAAACAAAUUACAAGCUUUGCUCUUUUUCUCUAUUUCUCAAACUCCUAGAAUCAAUUUGAACUCCAAUUUUAUUAAUAAUUCAACUUAAUAAGUCUGUAAUUAUUUUUUUUUCUGUUUUAAUUAGUUUUUCUGGGUUGGGUUGUUGCUUCAUUGCUUAAAAUUGUUGUUCAACUGCCCCUUUUUCUUCUUUUUAAUUUUCCUUUUUUUUUUGCCAUCUCUUCAAACUCACUUCAAUCGUCUUCAUCUUCUCUCUGAAGAAGAAGAUACAGAGUUUUUUUUUUUUUUUUUUUUUUUUAAUUAUUAAAAAAAAAUUAUUUUUCAUUUUUUUUUUAAUUUUGGUAGAAUAUAAUAAAAUAUUCUUGCGUAAAAAGUUAAUCCCAUAUCAGAAAUCAAUUGAGUUUAUUCUAUUCCGAUUCUCUUUUAAUUUCUGAUCGUAUUCUCUUGAUCGAAUAAUUUCUCCUAAAAUUCACAUUUUCCCAAUUUUUAUAUUUUCUGGGAAUUUUUUUUCUGGGAUUAUAAAAAUCUGGGUAAUCAAAUUUCGUGAUUUUAGCAACUGGGUAUUGAUUAAAACAAGUUUUUAGGAUCUGGGUUAUUGAGAAUUCGAUCAAAAAUGACCUCAAAACCAGGUGGUCAUAAAACUAAUAAUAAUGGAGGAGGAGGUGGAAUUGGUGUUGGUCUUGAAAAUUGGAGAGAUUAUUUUAGAAGAGCAAAUUCUGAUAUAUUCGAUAUAAUCGAGCACGCAAUAAUGGUGGCAGCUUCAGAUUGUCCAAAGGAAUUCCGAGUUAGGAGGGAGAGAAUCGCUGAGUUGCUAUUCACAUGUCGAUUAACGCGGUGUUUAGGAUGUGACCGAGUCGAGUUAGCGGUUUCUGAGGUUGAUGAAGGUGGUUGUGAUGGUGAUGUUAAGGUGGUAAUCAAAAGUGUUAAUGAUGGGUUUAAUGUUGAUGAUGAUGUUAAUGGUGGUGGUGGUAGUAAAGGGAGUAAGGUUAAUAGUACUACUAGGGAAAAUGAGUAUGAUCAAAAUGAUAUUGAUCAACAUAUUGCUAACUUGGAUUUGGAUAUGAUAUUGAAUCAUGAGAGUAAUUAUAGUUUAGAUGAUGCUGAGGCUUUGACUAAUGAGAUUGAAGAAGCUAGGGAGGUUGUUGAUGAGGUGUUGAGGAUUAAGGAGAUACUCCUUAACAGCCAGGAUCAGUCUGAUUCUGUGUUGUUCGAGUCGUUAAGGAGGUUGCAAUUGAUGCAAUUGGAUGUUGAUAUCCUAAAGACAACUGAGAUUGGGAAGGCUGUUAAUCGCAUUAGAAGACAUAAUGCAAAGAACAUUCGUCAUCUUGCUCGGGCGUUAAUAGAUGGAUGGAAGAUUAUUGUCGAUGAGUGGGUGAAAGCCUCCCAAGAACUUGGAGAAGGAGGUACCCCUGAUUCUGUUAACCCAUCCACAGUUGAUGAAGAAGAAGGGCUUCCUUCUCCACCAUUGGAGGACGGAGUAUUUUUCUCAACACAACAUAUGGAUUUUACUCAGUUUUUUGAUGGCAUGGAUGAUGAUGGAAAUCCUCAAAAGGGUGGGGGAUUCAACAAGAACCUGGAAGCCCGGGAAGCUGGAAGAAAGCCUUCAGUGGCUAAGCAAGACCCUCCUAAGCGAAGAGAAGAACCUAAACAGGUAACUCCCUUCCCAAAGGACAACAAGGUGCAACAAACGAAAAGGCAAGAGCCCCUUUCAAAACCUAACAAGCCCACAAGCGUGCAAUCUGGCCCUGGUAGACCUGUAAAACCCAAUGGUGAACAGAAUCUUAACAAAGAUUCUAGGGUUCAACAAAAACCAGUGAUCCAGAGAAGGCCACCUCCUCAACCUGAGAUGAGACCUUCGAGUGACAAUGCUGUCCAAGAGAAACUAGAAGCCACAAAAAGGAAACUUCAGGAGCGAUACCAACAAGCUGAGAAUGCAAAGAGGCAAAGGACCAUACAAGUAAUGGAGAUACAUGACAUCCCCAAGCAGGGGCUUGCAAAACCAAAUGCAUUUGGUAAAUUUGGCAACAACAGGCAUUGGGCGAAUGGCAGGAAAUAAUCUGUGUGAUAUUCUUCCUUUCUCGUUGACAUCAGCAAAUUUUUUCAGUUCGGUGGUUUACAUGCCUACAAUUUGAGAGUUAGCUGUAAAUUCUUUGGCAGAAGUUUGAGCUUAGCCGACAUUUCGGGGAGGAUGAAGCCUCAUUGGUCAUUCGAUUCUGCAGUGUUAGGGGAAUAAAGCCUCCGGGAACAUUCUUUCUUGAUUUAUCAGUCAUUUGAACACCUUAGUAUCAGCGCACUGAUCUUAUUUACCAGAGUGUGUUUCAAUGACUGUUUUCCCCUAUCCCCUUGCUAUACAGCUCCUUUGUUGCAAACCUGGAUUAUACAUGAAGAUUUGCACAAAAAAUAUGUGCAUUUUCAUAAUCUUGAUAUGAUAUGUAACAAAAAAUAAAAGUACAUAUGUUACUUCACAAGAUAUAGAGUAUAUAUCUGCAAAGAAAUAAGGAUCUUGUGCAAUUUGUGUCUAUUAGACACUUGUGGUUACCUUUUUCCCUCUUCGGGUGGUGGUGGAUUGGCCGGGGGGUGAAGAGAAUUUAGUUCAUCUUGCAACUAAUUUUCGAGAAUUUCUUGUUUAGUCGAUGCUGUAUAGUUAGUUGAGAGAUGAUAGACGAAUCUCCGUAGUAAUUUUUGGUAUUUAGGAGAGUUUUGGGUACUUCCCGAAAAAAUAGGGGCGAGGGUUUUGUCUCGCUCGAACCUCUCUCAACCAAACACCUCCUGAAAUAUGUUUAAUGUUCUUCAUACUUUGGUGGUAGACAAAGAUACAUUGAUGUCAUUGAAAGAUAAUGGUAACAGAAGGUUGAGAUUCUUCAGAUCUGGUACAUACGUAACAUGUUUAGUCCAGUAAAUCACUAAUCAUAGAGAGCAGAGCAGAGACAUUUAUUCUGUACUCAAAUUUUUUUUUUCAUAUUGGAUAAUUACUAGUGUGCCCCUAUGGUUCAA